AUUAGCUUUGAUUAUAUUUGCGUUUGUGUGAUGUGUUUAACUGUGGUAUUGGUUGAUCUUUGCUGCCGGUAACAUUUGUAAAACAAAAAUGGCGCUAUGUUGUGCGAUUUCAAAUGAAGUUCCAGAACAUCCUGUCAUAUCUCCAGUAUCUGGAGCUAUAUUUGAAAGGCGACUGAUAGAAAAGUAUGUAGUAGAAAAUGGGGUGGAUCCAAUAUCAGGGAAGGAGCUUACGGUUGACAUGCUUAUUGAGGUGAAAACAACACCAAUUGUUAAACCAAAGCCCCCAUCCGCUACAAGCAUUCCAGCAAUCUUAAAGACCUUACAAGAUGAAUGGGAUGCUGUCAUGCUUCAUAGUUUUACCCAGAGGCAGCAGUUGCAGACAGCUCGACAAGAACUCAGCCAUGCGUUAUACCAACAUGAUGCUGCAUGCCGUGUUAUAGCGAGACUCACAAAGGAGGUUACUGCUGCUAGAGAGGCUUUGGCAACUUUGAAACCUCAGGCCGGAAUCACCACAAAUCCAGCAGGCAUACCACAACCUGCCAUUGCUGUUGAAGCUGGUGGUGUUGCAAAUCAACCAACAGAACAAGCUGGAAUGACAGCAGAAGUAAUACAGAAACUACAGGAUAAAGCAACAGUUCUAACACAGGAACGUAAAAGACGUGGAAGAACAGUUCCUGAGGAACUUGUGUCUCAUGAUUCUAUUCGCACGUUCCAUACAUUAGCUUCUCAUCCAGGUCUUCAUAGUGCUAGCAUACCAGGUAUACUUUCGCUGGACAUUCAUAGUGCUGAUACUAGUAAAAUUUUAACAGGCGGUAAUGAUCGGAAUGCAACCGUUUUUAAUAAAGACACCGAACAGGUUGUUGCUAUCCUCAAAGGACACACAAAGAAAGUUACAAGAGUUAUAUAUCAUCCAGAAGAGGACUUGGUGAUCACUGCUUCACCUGACACUACAAUUAGAGUAUGGAACGUACCAACAUCACAGACUACUCAGAUGCUGAGAGCGCAUGAUGGGCCAGUAACAGGUCUUUCCCUCCAUCCCACUGGAGAUUAUGUGCUUUCAACUUCUACUGAUCAGCACUGGGCAUUUUCAGAUAUUCGAUCAGGAAGAUUGCUUACGAAAGUUGCUGACCAAGGGUCAUCAGGUAUAGCGCUGACAACAGCACAGUUUCAUCCUGAUGGUCUUAUAUUUGGAACAGGAACAUCAGAUUCACAAGUUAAAAUUUGGGACUUGAAAGAACAAUCUAAUGUGGCAAACUUUCCAGGUCACUCUGGACCAAUAACAGCUAUAUCAUUCUCAGAAAAUGGUUAUUACUUAGCUACAGCUGCAGAUGAUGCUUGUGUAAAACUGUGGGAUUUGCGAAAAUUGAAGAACUUCAAAACGCUGCAGAUGGAUGAAGGUUAUGAAAUACGUGACCUAUGCUUUGACCAGAGUGGAACUUAUCUUGCUGUUGCAGGAACAGAUGUCAGAGUGUAUCUUUGCAAGCAGUGGCAAGAGUUAAAAGUGUUCAAUGACCACACAGCUAUGGCCACAGGUGUUCGCUUUGGCCGUCACUCGCAGUACAUUGCAUCUACUAGCAUGGACAGAACUCUGAAACUCUAUGGGAUGUAACUGAAAUAAAUCAGUAAUAACUGUAUGUUACAGGUGUACCUGUGUGGAUAUUCACUUCAACAUUUGGAAGCAUGGCGCUGCAAGUUUGGAUAUCCUUAGCAAUUAAGGACACUUAACAUGCUUCCAUCAUAGAGAAAGUGACGGAGAUUCUGUAGCAUAUCAUGCAAGCACAGAAUUUUACAAGCGCGUGCCUGCGCUCUUUGUGUGUGUGUGUGUGUGUGUGUGUGUGUGUGAGAGAGAGAGAGAGAGAGAGAGAGAGAGAGAGAGAGAGAGAGAGAGAGAGAGAGAGAGAGAGAGAGAGAGAGAGAGAGACAGAGAAUGUUGCUUCUUAGGAAAUGAUCAUCCUACUCUUAAAAAUCAUGACUGUAUUAUUUGCUAUAAUAAAUAGACUUUUAGACAACAUGUUAUAUCCAGUACUUCAUUGUCCAGCAUUACACUAAGGACCUUGUAACUCUUAUCUGGACAUAGUUACAGAUAAAAAUAAUUGAUUUAAUAUUAGUCAACUUUUUCACAGAUAAGGAAACAUGAAAAAGACAGUAGGACAAUAAAGUUUCACAAAUUUUGCUCAUAGUGAAUGUUGUAUAUUCACUGGUCAUCAUGUCUGACAAAGCAACACACCAUUAUAGUUAAAAGUUUUUCUCCCUGUCACUAACUUUUUUUUUAACUUGACUGAUUUAUACAAUUCUAUACGUCAUAGGGCAUCUUGCCAUAGAAUGUCAGUGGAAGGAUAGAAACAUGACAAAUAAAACCUGUUGCCAGAUGAACAGAAAAUUUGUGGCUCUCUACAGAAGUAAACAGCGUAUAACAAAAGUUAUUUAAGAGCUACAGUGGUGAGACAGUAGUAAGAUGGGCAGCAAAAUGUUUGUUAAAUAUUACAUUCCUGUGGCCACUGUUAAUGCUUUGGACACAAAAAGUUAAACAUUUCUAAAUAGAAAAAAUUUCGUUUUUAUUGUAGCUUCACCAUUUUUCUUUCCAAAAACUGAGCAUAUUGAAGGAUUUUAUUUCAAAAUCAUUUUGUUUUGAUGGUUAUGAGUGAUAAUGUCUGUUGUUGAAUUUGCUACAUAGAUUACUAUCUUGAAUAUUACCACACAGUGUUUCCUGGUUAACUUAAAAAUAAAUACAACUAUUGGUUUCUGUAAUACAGAAAACCUGACUAAUUUUUGUAGUAAGGGGAAGCCUCUUUGUGACCAACCUAACUCAGCCCUCUAACAAACAAGGUAGUACAAUGAUAAGAGACACAGGAAACCACUUCAAAUUCCUAUCUGGUCGGUCUCAUUUAUAUUUUCUUUUCAAAUAACUAAAGGAAAAUGCUGGGAUGGCUCCUUUGAAAUGGACAUGGCUGAACUACUUCCCAUUCCUUCCUCCAGUUCAAGCUUGAUAUCAGGUGUGAUGAAUCAUUUAUUAAAACGGUUAACUCUAUUAUUAGAAAUGCAAUUGUCACAUAAAAGGCUGCAGGAUUACACAUAAACUGGAAAUGUUAGAUCCAGCUAUCUUCCCCACAGAAAACCAAGCAUAAAAAGACAAUAGUACGUCAGAGUCACAUAUAUUUUGCACAUAGUGAAAGGCUGUCGUAUCCAAAUCUGAGGGGCUUCUACAAACACUUUUAGCCAGUUUGUGUACUGAACUGAAAAAGUCUCUGUUUCAAAUGAUGAUGGCAAAGGGAAUUGUGUGUAAUGAUUCGUUUCCAAAAAGUAUUGUGUCUGUCUAGAAAUUAAGGAAGUAUGUGAACUCAGUCUGUAAGAGAAGAUUCCUUUGUGUAACACGAAUGUUAUCUUCUCAUGAUUAUAUGGUCUGCUAGGAAAUGAACAGUUGAUUAUGUUAGUUGUUCCUCUUUCAACAGAUUGACAACUAAAUACUAAUAUUGAUUCCACUAAUGACUCAAAAUUGUGUACGCUAAUUGUGGACAUAUUACAAAAUAAAUUGUUACGAAUGAUUUUGCUGUACAGAAAGUUAUAUUAACUUGAAGAUCUUUGUUUACAUGAUGUAGUUUGUAAUAAGAUUGUAAUGUACUCAGAUAUGUAAUGUACAUAAUUAUCAUGCCCUAAUAAGAAAGUGAAUAGUU